CUUCUUCUGUUUAGGAUCCUCCCCGGGCCACCUAUAGGAGCCGCUGCCCACCUUUGUUUUGUUUACAAGGCUGAGGCUAAAUAGAGAUGCUUUGAAUUUGGUGGUUGAGUUACUGGACGAUGGUGGAUGUGAUGGUGGAUGAAACAUGAACGCCACGAGCCUCUAUGUGACCACUUGCCGGCUGGUCAUGACGGCCGAUCCGGAGAGGCGAGAGACCUGGACGGAAUUAUACAAGUUGUUGCCUUUCCUCCGCCAGUCCCUCUCCUGCACCGUCUGCGGGAAAUUGUUAUGUGAGGCCCACACCCCUACGGAAACCACCUGCCAGCACCAUGUCUGCAGGAAGUGUCUGGGCGGGAAAAAGCGCCUCAAGCCCGCCUGUAGCUGGUGCAAAGACUACACCCUGUACGUUGACAAUGGCCAGGUGAACCUUGUGGUGCAGUGUUACAGGAAGCUGUGUGAGUAUAUAAAGUUCACGCCGAUCUACUGUAAGCUGUGCUCCAUCUACAGCAAUGGAGGCAUCAGUCUGGUUGACAUGAUAAACGAAGCCAUUGACAACAGUAACCGUUGCGAUGAAGCGAAUAAUAUGCAUUGCGAACAUGACAGUGACAAUAAAGAUAAAAUUCACGUACCUCAGUCGAGUGGUUUGUGCGUGUCUAUCACAACUGUCAGUAACUCGCAGUCCCCUCCGACCCAAGCGCCCCCUCCACCGCCGCCACCUCCGCCCCCGCCGCCCCCACCGCCUCCUCCGCCGCCGCCGCCUCCUCCACCGCCACCACGGCUGCCACCGACGCAAGCCUCCCUGCUACAUCCAGUGCCACUGAUAACUACGUCAGUGCAGAAUCUGGCUGUGCCGCAGACUUCCUCGCAUCCUGUCUCAUCUGUUGCGGCCUCAGCCUCCAGUCAGUCCCAGUCAUCGUCGUUGCUGAGCACGGUGAAGGCGGCGGCAGCGGCGGCGGUUCCUUCCCUGCCACCUCCUGUUCAGCCACCCCACCACUUCCCUCUACAAACUGUUGCCGCCACAACCACCACCGUCACCACCACCCACAGUGGAGUAUCUGGAUCAAGCUUCCCUCCAGAAGUUGUUCCUACUGGAAACCAAGAACUGAUUAAAAAACCCAAACCCAAACCUAAACCUAAGCCGAAACGCAAAGGUUGUCGGUGUGGAAACGCGACACCAACCCCCGGAAAAUUGACUUGCUGUGGACAGAGGUGCCCGUGUUAUGUGGAAGCCAAGGCGUGCAUUGAGUGCCGGUGUAGAGGUUGUCGCAACCCACACCGGCCUGGGGGGAAGAAGGUUCGGCCAGUGAUCCCUCAGCUGGCCAACAUCCAGAUUCAUCAGGUGCAGCCAGUUCACGGGCGAUCCACUGCUUCCUCCAUGCCCAACAGUAUUGUCACCACCUGCACCGGCACCAUCGCCCCCCCACCUCCCGUGUCAUCUGCCGUGAUUGCAAACACAACUAUACCUCAGACAAUUCGGGCAGUGCAAGCCAUGCAUGCUGUGCAGGCUGUGCACGGUGUGAGCAAUGUACAGGCUGUUGCCAGUGGUGUUCAUCAGUUGAUCAGUCUAGGUAGUGGGAUGGUUCAAAAUCCACUGUCCCAAGGACUAGGUGUCAAUCCUGUGGCUGGCCUGGCAGUGAAACCUGUCAGCCUAGCCCUCACCUCUGUGCCAGCUCAACUUCUGAUCAAAGAUGACUUAUCAACUUCCAACAGUGAACCUGAUAACAGUGAUGUGGAUGUGGACAUAUAGCAUAGGUAGAACUCUCGAGAAAGUUACUUGAAACUUUUGAAACUUGUGAGUAUUAGCCAAAAGAGGAUAAACUAUUUUUGCAAGUGUUUUAAGAAUUUUAUUGAGGCAUUUAAGAAUUUACUAAUAUACUCUGCAGAAAUUAUGAUGCAUACUUAGGUGAGCAUCAUUAAUGUGAAGUAUUCCAAUUGCAUUUUUAUUCUAUUUUACUCUUUUACUGUCAGUAUUUUUCAUUAACAUUCCUUUGGCUAAAAACAAAAAUUACAUUGGCUUACACUUAAACUAGAGCUUUCAUUAAUUCCUUUGCUAAUUAGUAUGAAUUAUGUGUUCAUGAAGUUUUCCCGGUGAAGAGCUUUGCUGCUUCUUUUAUUUCAACCAGUUUAAAGAAAAGUUGAUAUUCUUAUGGAGUAAACCAUCAACUAACAGAGCUGCAUAUUGUAUACAUAUAUAAUAGUGUUGCCUAUUUUUGGUGCAAUUGAUGAUAGCCUUUAUACUACUACUAAACAUGUAGGUCUGCAGCCAGUUAUCAAGCAUCUCAGGUUUCAUAAACGAUAUCCAUUUCUGACUUGUAGAUAUCAGGUGUCUGUAAGAAUAAUUAUCUAUUCUUUUAUUUCACUAUUUAUUGUGAUCACUAAACUUUGAUAAUGAUGUCUUGGAAUAAAGUCAUUCUGCCUUUCAAUUCAAUAUCUUUUGCCUACUGAUUGUUUUGAGAUGUAAUUGUUGCCAAAAUCAAAUCACAUUUUUCUGGCUAAUUACAUAAGACUCAGGGUAGUAAGUGCAAUCCUGUAUAUUAAUAUAGUUCAGUAUUUUGUUUUGAUAUCUUACAGAAAUGUGUAGUCAACUGCAUAUUUAUGUGCUUAGCCUACAUACAAUAUGUUAACAGCAAACAAAAAUUACUCGAGGUUUCUGAUGAAUGCAAGAUGUUUUAACAGUCCAGAUCCUUUGAAAAUGUUUUCAUGGCAGUCUCUAUUUAGGAUGUAAGGAGCCCUUGUGUUAAUUGACACUACGAUGAUUCUCAAAAAUUGAUAUGGAAAAUGUACAUGUCAUGACCCUCACACCCCUCUGUCAUGUACCAUCAGUUGAAUGAUCUUUUCAUAAGUAGCUUCUAAUAUAUCUCUCUCUCUCUCUCUCUCUCUCUCAUACUAUGGUUGGUACAAAAUUGGUGGUUUACAAAUGCACUAAGCUAGGUUAUGCGUGACUUGGUUGUGCUUAAUGCAAUGUAGAGAAAUACACCACCAUGCACACAAAUUUUGUUACCUUUGUAUUUUGUGCAAGCUUGUAUGUGAGUUUUUUAUGAAGAUCUAUAAUUUAUGCUCUUGAUAAUAAUUACCCAGUAAAUCCUACUAUUGGCAACAGACUCGAUCUCUGGCCUGCUAGCUUCAAAGUUGGUUCCUUUGUUCAUGUCUUUCUUUAAUUACACUUCAAUUACCAUUAAGUUGUGUCCAUAUUAUAUUUGUUACCUAGUUAAAUUUGAAAAAAAACGUUUUGUGGAGCCCUGCAAAUUGUAGUAACUGUAACAGAUUAAAACUAUUGACUAAAAUAUAGAUUAUGUAGUGGUUGCAAGUGCAGAUUAUGCAGUAUUUGCAAGAGGUAUCAAGUCCCACUAGUAUCAGGCUAUAUUUCACUAAUCAGUGACCUUAUUUCCUAUAGAGGCAGAGUGGAAAGUCAAGAAAAGGCCAUUUUAACGAGUGUCUAGACAAAAUAUAUAAAGUAGUGGGUGCCCAGGCCCUGACAUCAACUUCUUGUCACAGCAAUUACAUCCCUUUAAAUCACCUUUCACAACAUGCAGUGGAAUACAGAUGUUAUUUUUAAUUCUCAUGUCUCAGGAAUAUAUUAUGCUGAUGUACGUAAAGUAACCCAUGCUCUACCAGUCAAUCCUGGAUUUGAUUGUAGCCCAGAUGAGUUUUGGGACAUAACCUAUAAUAUUUCAAGUAAUUAAAAAUUCACCACAGGCUUUCUUUGCAGUAUCAAAUAGAAAACUUGAGUUCACAUGUUGACAAUAUAUAUCAGUAGCUACCUAAAGCAACAUAAUAGUAAAAACCAUGAGCAAUGUUUCAAUUUUUUUUAUAUUAAACAGAAGGUAGUCAGUUGUUAUCUUUAUAUAAUGUAUGGAUAUAUUUAUUUAUUAAUUCAUUUACAUAUUUAUAUAUUUAAUUACUUUUUAUAUUUUACAUGUACUGUCCUCUGCGGAAGGCAAGCAAAGGCGAGGGUAUGGGCAAAUGAAGAUAAAAGUGUGUGUGUACCCCUGCACUGCCUCAAGUCAGUUGAACUGGAACUCGCAGUUAUGUAUUAUAUCCUCUCAGUGCCCUUGCUCGUAUUGCAAUACUAACCCAGUCCAAAUUUGCCAAAAAAAAAAAAAAAGCGGCCACAACUCUUUUUCAGGUGAUGCCAUUAUCUAUCUUUGCUACUGUACAGAUGCUGAACUUUGACGAAACCUGACCCAGACUGCUUCCACCUAUGUUUGCAAAAUUUAAUAAUUCACAAAAUUAAGUAGUUCUCCUCCCCAUAUAUAUAUAUAUAUAUAUAUAUAUAUAUAUAUAUAUAUAUAUAUAUAUAUAUAUAUAUAUAUAUAUAUAUAUAUCUAUAUAUAUAUAUAUAUAUAUAUAUAUAUAUAUAUAUAUAUAUAUAUAUAUAUAUAUAUAUAUAUAUAUAUAUAUGUCAUUUCGUUUAACGUCCGUUUUCACUCUUUCUGAGCGGUUGGACGCUUUAUGGCUCUCUUCCAUUCUACUCUGUCUUCUGCCCGAUGCUCAUCCAAUCCCUUCAAUGCCAAGUCUUCCUGUAUACACCUUCUCCACAUUUUCCUAGGUCUACCAACUGGUUUCCUUCCUUGUACCUCCAAUCUCUCCAAAACUCCCAGCACUGUAUCCUCCCCUGCUCUCUUUACAUGUCCAAGCUAUCAGAGUCUUUCCCUUCUAAGCACUGUUUCCAGGUCCUCUACUCCACAUCUGUUAGCUACAUCUGCACUGGACACCCUGUUUUGCCACCUGAUCCCCGACAUAUACCUCAGCAUUCUGCGAUCACUUGCUCUCAAUACCUCCAUCAAUUUUCUAGUUAGAGCCCAUGUUUCUGCUCCAUACAACAUCACUAAUAUAAUACAUGCUUGGUACACCCCUGCUCUGCUCUUUAUAGGGAUGCUACAAUUCACAAGUAGACUAGCCACCUCCCUCCACUUUAACCAUGCUGCCGCCACUCUCAUUCUCACAGUCCAGAACGUCUCCCAAAUAACAGAAAUGUUCUACCUCAUCCAGCUUUCCUCCAUUCACCUCUAGUUCAUCCCUCUCAGUUUCUUGUUCUUGCUGUCUCCUGACACAAGCUGGGCAUAUAAAAUUCUGCACUUCUCUUACAUUUCUGAGGCCUGAGUAUCUAUGGUGGCACCACUGCCUGCAACAUGUGCACAAGACUGAAUUUACACCUACUCCCUUCCCAAAGCAUCCACAUGGAUAUUUUCUCUUGCUUCUCUUCCAGUCACCAUGUACUUUGUUUUUUCCAUAUUAAUUUUCAAACCUCUCUCCUCCAUUCCUUCCUUCCAUUUAUUAAACUUUUCUUUCACUUCUGCUGUCUCUGCAUUUACUACCAAGUCAUCUGCAUACAACGGCUCCCAUGGUGCCUCUCCUCUUGCUUCCUUUGUUGCCUCCUCCAUUACUGUUAUAAACAAGAGCAGGCUAAGGGCAGAUCCCUGGUGAACCCCCACUCCAAUGGACCGUAUUGGCUAUACAGGCAGCGCUACAUGUGGCCAGUCGGUGAACUGUCAAAGCAGUACUUUCUAUAGAAUUCAAGUUAUGUACUAGAGUGCAUCUGAGGCUGCCUCCAGCAUACAAGGCAUUGGUGCCGCCACCGCUCUAAGCCAACAACUGCACACACUUUACUCCUACCCGAUUUCCUGACUCUACUAUUUGACAUGGAGAAAAACUGAAAUCAGGUAGGACUAGUGAAGUGUGUGCAAUCAUCGGCUUGGGGCGACGGCGGCAUCAUGGCCGUGUAUCCCUGACACAGCCUCAACCGCACUCAAGUCUAUAACUUUAACUCUAUGGAAAAUUCAGCUUGGAGUUGAGUUGCCACAUGUGGCGCUGCCUGUAUAGCCAAUACUGUCCAUUUUGAACUCAUCUGGUGUUCCCACCACUGUUUUCAUUCUCGAUUUUGUACCUUCAUAUAGUCCCAUCACCGAUUCAACCAAUCUUUCUGGUAUUCUUUGCCUUCUCAAUGCCCAUCGUAUAAUUUCCCUUGAUAUAUAUAUAUAUAUAUAUAUAUAUAUAUAUAUAUAUAUAUAUAUAUAUAUAUAUAUAUAUAUAUAUAUAUAUAUAUAUAUAUAUUGGUUUGUGAUGGUACUCAGCUCAUGUCUCUGUGGAUAUAACUUUGUUCUUCAUUUAUUAUAGCCUCCUUGUAGGAGAGGUAAUGCUUUCUUAUAACACUGGGAAAGAAAUAAGUCAGAACUGAUUAGUUAAGUGAUCAAUUAAUCUUCAUUUUCCCUUGCUCUCAAUUUUCAAACUAUGUAGCAUUUAAAAAGGUCCAUUUACUCUAGGUAUUCCAUGAAGUAUUUUAAAUGUCAUGAAAUAUCAUGCAAUUGAAAUUUUCUUGAAUUUUUUUUUAAUAUUAUUAUUAUUUUUUUACUAUGACCACUCUGUUCAAUAUAACAGAUUAAUAAAAAUAUUCUUGUAUACUUAUUGGAGCACCUAAAACUUUUUUUCUUCACAAAUUCAAAUAAAGCCUAAAGAGGCAAUGAUAUGAACAUCCUAAAAACAGUGGAAAGAAUAUAAUCUAUUUUUAACUUUAAAAAAUAAUUUUGGCACAUUUAUCCACAUACUUAUGGAAUUUACAUGAGUGCAACACAAUAGCAUAUUUUACAAACCACUUUGUAAUGCCUUGGCAAGUGAACAGCAUGUACAAACUACAUAUCCAUAUUAUAUUUUACCUUACAAAGUUCUUGUGGACCACUUCUGAAUGUAAUUUACUUGCUCUCAUGUUGGGAUAUUCUAUUUGAGCCAUAGAGAAUAUGAAGUUUUAGAUCAUUGAAAGGCAUUUGAAAAUACUGCCAUACCUUGGUAAGGACUUUGCCUGUUAAACCUUUGUAGGUAUUAAUGUUGGUCAGUUUCCAUUUAAUUAAGUUACACAAAGCCUUCAUGUAAUGCCAUUUAAAAUAUUUAAUUUUGGUAUGCUGUUUAGCAAACACCACUGCACCAGCUGUUACUGUUACCUUACCUACUUCCUUGUUGGCUUGCAUACAGUAACCAUGAAUCACACCUCCAGUGGGCUACAUACAAGUAUACUGUAGUUGUAUGUUAUGCGUUUGUGGUAUGUUGCAUACACAAACUUUUGGCAAAAGUUAAAGGAAUAUAGCUAAAACUAAAGGGCCACUGUUUCCACCUGCCUUGUAUUACUAAUUGAGUCUGCAGCAAUGGUUGUCAUUUCCAUUGUGAAGAUAUGCAUGAGGCUGACAUUUAUUCAUAUAUACAUUGAAGGGAUAACAGUGUGAUACCAAAUGAGAAAUAAAUUACAAUCCAGAAAAUAACACUAUUCACUUAUUAUUACAGUUUCUCUUGAGAUGGUGCUAGACAGUGUUUGAUGGAAAAGUCCUGUGUUUCUGUUCACUUUUUAAAUGUUAAAUGUUAUUUUUUCCAUUAUGAUAUUGAUGGACGACUAUUUUACUUGAUUUUAUCAAUUCAUAUCUUUGAUAGAAUAAUUUGAUGGCAGAGUUUUAAUACUAACAGGUGCCUAUAAUUUUUCUCAAUAUUUUCAAACCAUGUCAUCAUGUUUGUAUAUCCACUGACAUAACUUUAUGCCAAAUUAAGUUUGCUGUGCUCCCUUCCAAAAUCCAUCCAGCAAUGUUCUUUAUAACUAUUCAGUCUUACAAAGAGGUUUACAGCAAAAAGUAUUAAUAGGUUGGUGAGUCUUGAUGGUAUACCUUAAUGUGUCAACUGUAAAAUUCUAUUUUGAGAAACUGAGAGUUUUGACUAAAAGAAGGGGAAUGACUGAGAGUUUUGACUAAAAGAAGGGGAAUGACUGAGAGUUUUGACUAAAAGAAGGGGAAUGAUUUUGGUUACCACAUGCCUUGGAGAUUAAGCCCAAAAAUCUGAGAAUGUGAGUGUAGUGUCUAAUCCUUUAGGUACACCAAUAGCUGGUUGGUUAGAUGACCUUAUGUACAACCAAGUCAGUAUAUAACUACCCUUUUUUAAUAAUUUGAGAGGUUUCAUAUUCAUGCUCAUAAAUUAUAUGCUGUAGCCCCUGGGCCGGGCCUUUUGCAGAAGAGUAAGUUAUUUUUUGGGGGGGUAGAGGCUGCCAGGCAUCAGAGGCCAUAAUUAUGGCACUAUAGUCAGAUGGAGAUUUCUUUCUCUCCUUUUAUUUGUUUCUUAGAAUUGUGAGCACAAGUCUAACUUCUUGGUUAGACAUAAAACUGAAAGUAGGAUAGAUGGUCAUGUUAUGAUUACUGUCUUGAACUAAAUAGCUCUAAGCCCAAUUAUUGUCUGCAUCAAUUUCUCAAGGAUUUAAAAGUCUAUGCUAUAAAGGUAAUCUACUCCAUUUGAUUUCCUCUGUGAAACCAGUAAUAUAAGUAAUAAGUAAAUUUUGUUGUAAAAAAAUUAAAAAAAUAAUAUUAUGAAAAGUUACCUCAGGAUAUUAAUACAUUGCUUCCAUGGUGUUUAAAAUACUUCAGAAGCAGCACCAUCAUGGUUUUGUCUACCUAUACAUCUCAGAGGCCUCAAGUAAUCCAUGCAUAUAUAUUUUUUCUUUUACUACUUUGCAAUAUAAAAUACAUCUUGCAUUUCCUUGAUUCUGAAAUAUGCACAUAUCACAUGACGACUAGUGAAAGAACAAGUGUUAUUUGCAAAUAGACAUUUCAUUCACAAGUGGCAUCCAUUACUACACUGUCAUCACAUUCAUGGCAUACUCCAUCAAGGGUUGCAGGCACACCCCUAGGCAUAUGUUUAUUGCCAAACCUAGUAUCUGCACCAAGGGAUUUCAGUAAUUCACAAUAAAUGUCAGGUUAUGCUACAGGCUCCAGGUGAGAAAAUAUACACGCUAUGAUAUUUUUUAGAACAAGGCAAGUUUGCACUAAGUCGCUCGCUCUCCAGCAACAGGGAUCUACUUGCGGCUGAUUCGCUGAAAGGAGGAUGUUUGAACUUUUGAAUGAGUUUUAUUAAAUAAAUUUAAAUGGGAUUCUUUAGCCAGCAAAAUAUUACAUAAUUCACACAAAUAAUUUUCCAUAGUACUGUAUACAGAUACACAAUACUGCAUUUGAAUAUUUUGAUAACUGAACAAAGCAUGACAUGAGGGAGUAAGCUAUGAGCCAAUGCUGACUGUACUUUAAAUAAAAUACUGUAGAUGCAGUAUCAUGUGUAUUACUGUAUACAGUCUAUAGUAAAUAAUUUGGUGAACUUUGUAUGAAUUUUCUGAAUGAAUAAUAUGGGGAGAAUAGUGAAAAUAAAUGUAAUUUCAAUAUUUUUUCAAUCUGUCUUGAAUCUGCAUGUCAUCAACUUCAUCAUCAAUGCUACUUAAUUCCUUAAUGCAUCAAUUUGUAACUAUCCUAUGUCAAAUGGCUAAAUUACAAUAUAUUCAUAUUAAUAUACUCUUACAGACAGUCUUCUAUUGUUUAAAUUCCGCCACAAUGUUGCAUCUUUCUAUCUUCUGUUGAUAUUUUCAUGAUGACUGCUCUUUUGAAUUUCCUAACUGCAUGCCUCCUCCCCUCCUGCAGCCCUGCUGCACUUGCCUUUCUACUCUAGCUACUCCUUAUGCUGUCUAAACCCUUAUGCAAGAGUUAACCAGCAUCUUCAUUCUUUCAUCCCUUUCACUAGUAAAGUCUGGAACAGCCUUCCUUCGUCUAUAUUUCCUCCUGCCUGCGACGACCUCUUUCACGAGGAGAGUAUCAAAACACCUCUUCAACUGCAAUUGACCUCCCUUUUGGCUACUCAUCUAUACCUUCUUUUAUAGGAGCAGUGAUUAGUGAGCUUCCCCCCCCCCCCCCUUUUUUUUUUUUUUUGAGCUACUUCCUUUACUGUAAAAAAAAUAGUAUUUUUAUGAAAUGAUUGUUUAAAUUUACUUCAUACAGCCCAUUCAAAUUUUCAGGCAUGCACUAUUCAGCCAAUCAGACCCAAGUUGAUUCUUGCCUCUUGUCUCGUUUGAUACAUGUCUGGAAAAAAGUUUUCUAAACGGUUAUAUUUUUUUCUACAAAUAUAUUGUACAAUUGUGCAUUCUGUACACUUUGUAUUAACUGCAGGAAAUGUUAUGCAUUUUUAUAAUGGGUGUCUGUCAUUUAUGUAGAAAUGCAAUAACAUAAGGAAUAAAGUUUCUCAGCAUUCAAGGAAGAUGCUGUUUAGAUUGGUGAUAUACUACUUAUAAUAGGCAAAAACUGAACUUGUUGACACUGUGUUAACAUAAAUAACUAAAUUUACUUUAAAUAUGGAAAUCUCACUCUUUUAUUUUAGUGACUAUAGUACUGAAAAUAGGUUUACUUUAUGUUGAUGAUGCUUCAUCUCAGAUUGCAUGAACAAGUAGUUUAUUAAAAAAAUAGAAUUUCAAGGCGAAGGAAGGCAUGGCACAUGUGUUCUGAUUAUGGUGACUGAAUAAUAUUCUGUCAAAUGUGGAUAACAUGGUCAGUGGUAAGCAGAAUGUAUGAAAUUAUUUCAAUACUCAAGUAUCCUGUAUUAUGCAUAAUAUACUAACAAAUAAGAGCCAAAGGUAAAUUUGUUCAAAUAACUGAAAUUCCUUUUCAUUGGUUGUUAAACUAAUUUUGUAGCUCCUUACAGUAUAUUAGGAUUGUUAAUAAAUUGAUGCAAAUCAGAGAAACAACAAAAAAUAAUGGUUUCAUAUUUUUGAUGUACAAAUUUCUGUGUUACAAUUAUGUAAACAUGUAUUGGAGAUUCUAAGAAUCAUGGGUUUAAGAUGUGUCUCCCUCACACUAUGACGGGGCAUUCAGCGGCUGUACUGCCAAACCAAUGCUUCAGAGGAGGUGUUUGUCUUGGCAGGGAACUCUGUACAUAGGAAAUAUUUCUGAAAUAAAUUUUAUUACAGUACAUCUUGCUUAUCUUAACAAAACUCUCUCUCUCUCUCUCUCUCUCUCUCUCUCUCUCUCUCUCUCUCUCUCUCUCUCUCUCUCUCUCUCUCUCUCUCAUGUGUGUGUGUGUGUGUGUGUGUGUGUGUGUGUGUGUGU